AUGGACUCCCUCUCUGAGUCCUGCGGCAGUCGGAGUCCUCCUGUACCGGACGCGGAAUUUGACACCCACACCGCUGCCCGGCAGAAGAUGUUUGCUCGGCUGGAUAUGUAUCAAUCACUGAAUGACGAUGACGAUACCAUCCAUUUCCUGAGGUCUGUCUUCCGAUUCCUUCCCAUCCAAGGCCAGGUCCACUUGGCCGACGAUGCAGAUAGCUGCGAUGACGACGACCAGCUACGACAACUAGCAAAGCACCUGGAUACAGCUUUGCUUAGGCCGAUGGUGGCCACAGGUGGAAAUACGCCCGCAAUCACACCCUCCCCCCGUCCUAGAGUGGAAGACUCUAUUGAGGACCUGCUGUCCCAUGACUUCGACUCGACGACCCGGCGGCAGGGCAAGUUGCGGCGAGCCUGCCUGCAACGUGAUAACCACCAAUGCGUAGUGACAAAAUUUUGGGACUUCGACUAUGAUAGCAGGCCCCCCGACGCACAUACCGCUGACCUCGAAGCCGCUCACAUCAUCCCAUUUGGCCUGGAGAAUUUUCGGGAGGAUGAACGACUUCGGCAUGCACAAAUCUGGCACUGCCUGUACCGCUAUUUCCCAACUAUCCACGACCUCUUUCACUCCAGCAAUGAAGACGUUAAUCGCAUCGAUAAUGUGAUGAUGCUGGCUGCAUCCCUGCAUCGAGAGUUCGGUCGCUUCUCAUUCAUCCUGGAGGAGACCGAUGUUUCUGGUCGCUACCGCGUGAAAACCUUUUCCCAAUUUCGAAACACCUUCCUCCGGCCCCACAUGCUCGAGUACGCGAUAGUAGCAAGUCACGACCCCCGGUACCCCGCCCCUAACAAGUUUCUACUUGCCGUGCACGCAGCCGUCGGCAACAUCCUGCACGCGACUGGGCAUGGCGAACUGAUCGCGAAGACCAUGAAGCACCUCGGAGGUAGUGGCGGCCAUGCUCUCGCGAAGGACGGGAGCACUAAUGUGGAAGAAUUGCUAUCUGUAACCGGUCUUUCUUUACUGGCAAUUAAUCCCAGCCACCGUUCGCCGGCCCGUAAGGAGAAGCAUUCUCGUCAUGUUGCGUCCAGCCUCCCCGGCACGGAAAAUCAACCGCCCAAGCGUCACCGAUGA